AUGACUACCGCUACCACGGCGACGUUCCACCCAUUUCUACAUCUCCCCGCCAAGCUCCGCGCUCGUAUCUGGGAGCUGACCGUCGAGCCCCGCGUCGUUGAGGUGCGCGUGCUCUACCAUCAACCAAGCCCCACCGACGUCGAGGGAUCCGAGCUAGUGGUCAAGUGGCCGCCGCGGAUGCGCUACCUGUGCUCGCCUACCCCAGCCCCAGCCCAGCUGCAAACUUGCCGCGAGGCCCGCGAACACCUCACUACAUGCCCCGAUUCUGGAUUUCGAUUCGAGAAGGCCUUUUCCGAGCUCGCUACAACACCCCAUAACGGGCCCGACCCUGUGUCCGAGGGUGGCCCGCGGCAGGAGCGCUAUGUUUGGUUCAACUUUGAUAAUGACAUGCUCUCUAUUGGGAAGACGGAUUUGCACGAAUUCCGGGCUGUAGCCUACCAGAUUCGCCGGCUACGGCUUCGGCGGGUCAUCUCAGACGAGUACUUUUCCCGCACGGAGUCGCUGUUAAUCAGCAGGUGGUUCAGGAAUCUUACCGAGAUUCAUCUGAUUUGUCCAGAGGGCAUUAGGGCGGGCUACUUGAUGACCGAAGAUAUGGACUUUUCCUGUGGUCCCCAGGAUGUGUAUUUUGUUGACCUAGAAGAGAUGGGCCGGACCAUGAUGAACAGUAUCGACCUGGAUGCUAUGGUGAUCAGAGAGGACGAAGAGCUUUACGGGCCAGGAGAACACGGUUGA